GUGGUGGUAAAAGAGGUAUUAGUUCACUAAGUUUUACUUAUGAUUACUCGUGUGUGGUUUGUGAUGUUCGACGUAUACCAAUGAUUGAUCUUCGUUUACUCUUUCUUGAAUUAUUAGAGACGUUUAUGCGACUUGAAAUAUGAUCAAAUCUUUUUUUAAUUAUGUUAUAGUGUAAUAUUUUUAAGAAUUCACAAUCGCAGUGAUUAAAUCGUGUCUUUUUUGUUUACUUUAGUCAUAAAGAUUGUGUUGUAAAAAAAAAGUUAAUGUAAUGGAGGAAACAAAAGUUAUAUAUCAUAUUGAUGAUGAAGAUACACCCUAUUUGGUCAAAUUACCUAUUUCAGCAGACAAAGUUACACUUGCUGAUUUCAAAAAUGUACUCAAUCGGCCAAAUUACAAGUUUUUUUUCAAAUCUAUGGACGACGACUUUGGAGUUGUAAAAGAAGAAAUCGUAGAAGAUGAUUCUCCAUUACCUUGUUUUAAUGGUCGUGUUGUUUCAUGGUUGGUUGCUGCAGAAGGCAGUAAUAUUUCUGAUGGUACAUCUCAAGGAACAGAUUCAGGUCAUCAUACUCAUAGAACUCAAGCAGAUAAUCAAAACAUAAAAACAUCUUCUCGGGUAAAUCAAGAUGAAGUUGGAACAUGCACUGAUACAGAAUCAUCAAUUUCAAGUUCAGUACGACCAGGGCACAUGAGUAGAGACAAUCAUCAUCGUUUAGCAAAUCCUAAAUUUUUAAAAUAUAAUGGCCUUGGAAUAAAUGGUCAUUUAAAGCAACAUAGACCAUAUGGCUCAUCUUCAAUGUUAAGUUCAGAAUUAGAAACAACUAGUUUUUUAGAAUCAGAUGAUGAUGAUGAUGAUGAUGAUGAUGCCUCUAGUCGAAUAACCACAACAACUGGUCGUGCUACCAAUGUUUCUAGUGAAUGGCAACGGUUAGCUGGUAGUGGUCGACGCCGAACUCAACAAAGACGUAAACGACAUCAAAGAUCAGCUGGCCCAGGAGGAAUGUGUCGUACAUCUUCAUUCUCAUCAGUUACAGAUUCUAGUAUGUCUUUAAAUAUAAUUACAGUCACAUUAAAUAUGGAUUCUGUCAAUUUCUUGGGAAUAUCAAUUGUUGGACAAAGUAAUAAUGGUGGAGAUGGAGGAAUUUACGUUGGAUCCAUUAUGAAAGGUGGCGCAGUUGCUUUGGAUGGUAGAAUUGAACCUGGUGAUAUGAUACUUCAAGUCAAUGAUAUAAAUUUUGAAAAUAUGUCUAAUGAUCAAGCUGUUCGUGUAUUAAGGGAUGUUGUUCAGACUCCUGGGCCUAUAAAAUUAGUUGUUGCAAAAUGUUGGGAUCCUAACCCUAAAUCGUAUUUUACCAUUCCAAGAACAGAACCUGUUAGACCUAUUGAUCCUGGUGCUUGGGUUGCACAUACAGCUGCUAUGAGAGGUGAAACAUAUCCAUUACGACCUCCUUCAGUAUCAACAGUUACAUCUACUAGCUCAUCCCUUGUAUCAACUAUGGCUGAAACUGAAAUAAAUGCUGCAUCAACAAGUAAUUUUAAAGAUCUACAGCUAGAUGUGCGCAAUACAGAUAUGCUGAGUAUUGUAAGAGCUAUGGCUAGACUUGACUCAGGAUUGGAAAUAAGAGAUAGAAUGUGGCUUAAAAUUGUUAUACCUAAUUCAUUUAUUGGUGUUGAUGUCGUUGAGUGGCUUGAGACACAUGUUGAAGGUUUUCAAGAUCGUAGAGAUGCUAGAAAGUAUGCAUCACAUAUGCUUAAAGCUGGAUACAUUAAACAUACAGUUAAUAAAUCUACAUUUUCCGAACAAUGUUAUUAUGUAUUUGGAGAUUUAUUAACAGCAGGUAUGGAUCAAAUGAAAAUUGAUGGAGAUUCCAAUGAUAAUACAGGCACUGGUAGUCGUGGUGCAUGGGAAAUGCCUUAUUCAGGAACAUUCCAUCCAACUUCUCCUCCAAUGCCAUUUAAUUAUUCUGGUGAACCACCCCGAUAUUUGUUUGAUAAGGAUGAAAGUGGUUCAGGUGGUAGUAGAUCUGGAUCUGAUAUCAUGAAACAAAAUAUAAUGGGCCUUGUUAUGGCUGACCAUAGUGGUGGUACAAACCAAUCUAUUCCUGCAGUUGCUCCAACACCAGUAGAUAAAUCCAGUGGAUCUGAAAAAUCCCAAGUUAUAGCGCCUACUAAUAAUGUAGCAACAGAUUUAUCUGCGAGCCAACAAUCAUUUCAUAUGGCCAUGGGUAACCCUUAUAAAAUAUCAUUGAUGUUAUUUUGAAUGGGAACCAUUUAGUGUUUAGAAAAAAAAACAUAAAAUUAAUAUUUAUACGAGUAUUUUUCUAUCCGUACAAUUUUUAGGUAAAAAUGAUACAUUUCACAUCUUUAAAUUUACUAUGUCUUAUAAAUAUGACUUAAUAUCAUGAAAUAUUGUCAUGAAAUGUUCUAAAAGAUUACUUAAUUAAAUUU